GUAUUAGAGAAGGCCGUCCACGUGGAGGGGUUUGCCCAGAGCGCCUGUCAGCAGACAUGCUGAGCCUUUUACCUUUGAUCUUUUUGCAGACGGAACCCCUCCCAAAUGCCUGGGGACUCCUCCUUGGAUUACUGGGUUUGAAACAGAAUUUUGUGAACGGCCUUUUACCUUCGACCGGGAAGAAAGAUGUGGAAAGCUUCAGCCGGCCACGCCGUGUCCCUCAGCCAGGACGAUGGGGGAGCCGACGACUGGGAAACCGACCCCGAUUUUGUGAAUGAUGUCAGCGAAAAAGAGCAAAGAUGGGGGGCCAAAACCGUGCAGGGGUCUGGGCACCAGGAGCACAUCAACAUUCACAAGCUGAGAGAGAAUGUUUUUCAAGAACACCAGACCCUCAAGGAGAAAGAGCUUGAAACGGGGCCAAGAGCCUCCCACGGUUAUGGAGGGAAGUUUGGCGUGGAGCAGGACAGGAUGGACAAGUCAGCUGUCGGCCACGAGUACCAGUCGAAGCUGUCCAAGCACUGCUCGCAGGUCGACUCCGUCCGGGGGUUUGGAGGCAAGUUUGGUGUCCAGGUGGACAGAGUUGACCAGUCUGCCGUCGGCUUUGAGUACCAGGGCAAGACCGAGAAACACGCCUCGCAGAAAGACUACUCCAGCGGCUUCGGUGGCAAGUAUGGCGUGCAGGCCGACCGGGUGGACAAGAGCGCCGUGGGCUUCGACUACCAGGGCAAGACGGAGAAGCACGAGUCGCAGAAAGGUCCGCCCGGGCGGCGCCCUGCAGCCCGUCCACCGCGCGGCCUGCCCCCUCGCCGCUGCUUCCCACACGCUUACAGACAUGCGCACUGGGGCGUUCCCCUGUGCAUGGCGGGUCACGUUAUAGUUACACAAUUUUUUGACUCAAAACGGUUUGGCCGUUCUUGUUCCGUUCAGGUCAGUGUAGGGGUCUGUCGCGUUUUUGGUGACUGCUCAGUCCUCCGUGGUGGGAAGAUCCCGUAGUCUACGUAACCAUUC